GUUGGUGUUCCGUGAAAAGUAAAAGACAACAAAUCCUAUGAUUUGUUUGGGCUGUGUGUCGAACUCAUAUUUUUUUGGUUCAAGAUAUUUUGCAGAUUGAACAAUCGAAAUACUCAGUUUAAUGUGCCUUUUCAUUUUACAAAUAUAUAAUGGAUCGAAAUAUAAAUAUAGAUGAUUUUCCGAACAUAUGCAGACUCUGCUUAGCUUGUGCGAGUCUGCAACCACUAAUAAAUCUCAAAGCACUGGACACUUUUAGUAAAAUUACCAAUAUUCAGAUUGCGAAUGACGACAAACUCCCAGAAAAUGCGUGCAAGAGUUGUGUAAGGCAGUUGGACCGCAUAUCAAAAUUCAUUCAAACAUGUAACGAUAACGACAAAUUCUUGAGAGACGUGUUAAACAAAUCUCAACAGAAAGAGGCACAAUUAACAGAAGACGAUGUUAAAAGCGAAAGCAGUGAUGAUAUUGAUAAAAACACAGAUAGUAGAACUAAUCCUGUUCUUGGAGAUAUUAAAGAGGAAGAAGAGGAACCAAGCAAUUUAAACAAUGACGGUCCAGUAAGCUGUGAAACUUGCAGUCAGAUGUUCUCUACGAGAAUAGGAUUGAUGGACCAUUAUAAAGAAGCCGCAGGUUGCAGACCUGAAGGUUACGCUAGUUCUCAAAAUAUCGUUCAAUAUUUAGAUAAAAGUCAGGCAGAUUGUAAGACUGAAAGUGAGGCAGAAUAUGAUGGAAAAGGAAACCAUUUAAAAGGCAAAAGGAUGUUUUUGUGCAACUUCUGUGGUAAAAAUUAUACCAGAAAAAAUGGUCUGGACCGCCAUAUAUUGAGCCAUACAGGUGUAAAACCAUUUGAAUGCAAAGAAUGUGGCAAGAGAUACAUAACAAAAGACACUUUGAAAACCCACAUACUGACACACACUGGUAUAAAAGCAUUUAAAUGUCAGCUAUGUGGAAAAAAUUUCACGCAAAGCAGUCACUUAUCUUACCACAUGAAGAGACAUCAAGGGGAGAGACCAUUUAUCUGUACAUACUGUGGAAAGUGCUUUGUUUCAAAUUACCAUUUGGAAAGACACAAGUUGAUGCAUACCGGAGUCAAACCUUAUCAGUGCAAAGAGUGUGGGAAACAGUUUGUACGUAGCACGACAUUGCGAGAUCAUCUGUUGGCGCAUACAGGCGAAAAGCCAUUCGUCUGUCAACACUGCGGGAAACAGUUUAAUAGGAAGCAAUCUCUGACCAAUCAUGUGCUCAUACAUACUGGAAGGCACAACGAAAAUGCUGUCGGGGUUGAUCAAAGAAAGAAAGAGAGGAAAAGUGAACAAAAACAUUCACAAGUCGAAGAAGGAAAACAGCCGUUUGGUUGCUGUAUUUGUAGCUACACCAGCCGUUCUAAAGGGGGUUUAAUAAUUCAUAUCAGAAAGAACAAUUGCUAUUUAGGAUCGAACUUGGAAGAAUCACGGUCUGCUUCCAGAAAACAGUACCGAUUUAAUAAAUAUUGUAUCAAAUGCGAUGAAGUGUUCAAAAGCAAGACUUUACUAGACAAUCAUGUGCUUAGAAAGCAUCCCGAAUCUAUUGCAUUGGUUUCAACUAAAACACAUGAAUGUAAUAGCUGCGGUUUCAAAACCGUUUUCAAAAACGCUUUAACCAAACAUAUGUUAAAACACAUGAAUCGUAAAGAUUCUGACUUGAACGUAUGCAAACAUUGCAGCAAGUCUUUCAAACAUAAGGAUUCACUAUUUGACCAUAUUCUAAAGAAACAUCCAAACUUUAGCAAAACAGUUUCAGGAAAGAUAUAUGAGUGUAUGCAUUGCGGGACCAAACAAACCAGUAGGACUAAUUUUAUAAGGCACAUGGCAACACAUAAUACUGAAAGGCCUUUUGAGUGCAAGCACUGUGAUGCGCCAUUUAAAACAAAGCUAUGUUUAGACCACCACAUUUUACAGAAGCACCCUGAGUUGACUGCUUCAGUGUCUAGUAAUCAACUCAAAUGUAAACAUUGUAAAUACAAAACAAGAUACUGGCGUUAUUUAGCUAGGCACAUGUUGGAACAUACUGGAGCUAAGCUCUCGUGCGCAAAGUGUGAUGUGUCGUUUGUCAAGAAAACGUCAUUAGACAACCACAUUUUACAGAGGCAUCCUGAGCUCACUGAUUCUUUGUCUUAUAAGGUACAUAAAUGUACACAUUGUGACUAUAAAACGACUUAUUCGCAACAGCUGGCUAAUCAUAUGGCGAAGCAUAUAAUAAAAACUGCCGAUCAUACGUGUACAAAGUGUGAUGCUACGUUCGUAUUGAAAAUUUCAUUAUACAACCACAUUUUACGGAAGCAUCCCGAACUGACCUCAUCCAUAACUUAUAAGAUACAUAAGUGUACAUAUUGUGAAUAUAAAACUAUGUAUGUGCAGUCUUUAGACAUGCAUAUGAUGAAACAUACUGGAGCUAAGUUCACGUGUACAAAGUGCGAUGCGUCAUUCACAACACAACUAUCGCUGGAUAACCACAUCAUAAAGAAACAUCCUCUGUUUACUGACUCUGUGUCUAGUAAGAUACAUGAAUGUAGACAUUGUGAAUAUAAAACUGUAGAACCGCGGUAUUUAGCUUCGCAUAUGGUGAAACAUGCUGGUGCCUUGCUCACGUGUACGAAGUGUGAUGCGUCAUUUACGUUAAAAGCGUCAUUAGACGAGCACACUUCACAGGAACAUCCCUUCUGUACUGAAUGUUGAAGCAUAAUCUAUUUACUAGUAAUAUAUUUAACUUGUAAAUUUAACACUAUUGAAGCG